GGACACCCAUCAAUCGCAUCCCGAUCAUGGCCAAGCAGAUCCUCGACCUCUAUAUGCUCUACAAGCUGGUGACUGAGAAAGGAGGCUUGGUGGAGAUCAUCAACAAGAAGAUCUGGAGGGAGAUCACCAAAGGCCUUAACCUCCCCACCUCCAUCACCAGUGCAGCAUUCACACUUCGCACCCAGUAUAUGAAGUACCUCUAUGCCUACGAAUGUGAGAAGAAGUCCUUAAGCUCGCCGGCUGAGCUGCAGGCCGCCAUCGACGGCAACCGGCGGGAAGGCCGGCGGCCCAGUUACAGCUCCCCCUUGUUCAGCUUCUCCCCCGCGACCCCGGGACCGCCUACGCUCCUUUGUCCCCCCAAGAUCCGCUUCCCCCUUGUUAGCCUUACCCCCAGCAGCACAACUAGCAACCCACACCUGUCUUCAGCAGGCCCUCUCAGGAAAGGUGAUGGCCUGGCUUUGACCACCUCCGCGCCAAACCGCCUCGCCGUGCCCGUGAGCUUGGCCAACCAGCAGGCCACGGUAGCUGUGGCAGCAGCUACCAGAACGGCCACCUUGGAACAGUUGAAGGAACGGCUGGAGUCCGGAGAGCCGGCGGAGAAGAUGGCGCGGAUGACGGAGGAAGAACAGCGCUUCGUCCAGCAGGCCUUUCAGAGGAACCUCUUCAGCAUGGCCCGACAGCUGCCCAUGAAGAUUAAGAUCAAUGGCCGAGAAGAUAAAUCAGAUCCAGCAGCAGCAGCGGCAUUAAACUGGACCCCUUCUGGCUUCGGCAGCAUCAAUAUGUCAGUGGAAAUCAACGGCACAAUCUAUGCUGGUGAGAGCAUGUGGAAGUAAGCCCAGGGGUUGAAAACAGAGGUGUGGGCAUCCCCAAACCACCUCUUUGGGGUUGACAGUUGCCAUCUGUCUCACCCUUAUUCCCAGCACGAAGGGGGCUUCCAGACCAGGGAUGAUCCCCUCUGGGCAUAGAGGCACGGAAGGGUUUCCUUCUGGAAGAUUCCGUUUCUCCUUUCCACCACUCAGGUCUUGUUGGGAGCAUUGACAAGCUGGUCCAUCUACCACAAUGUUUUUCUUCAACCGUGGCAACUUUUAAGACGGGUGGACUUCCACUCCCAGAAUUCCCCAGCCAGCCAGUUGAAGUCCCUACACCUUAAAGUUGACAAGAUUGAGAGAAACAUGGAGUUACUAGCUCCAUUAG